AUGCUACGCGUCGACUCUAUGAAGCAAGGACCACAGUCUGAAAAAGGCCCACGUUGGAAAAGUCAGACCUCACGUCAUGGCUGGAAAACCGUCCAAGAUGUCACUUUUUUCGCUGAUCGUAAGUUAAAUUAACAAAAAUUUUUAUAACUCAAAAUUUUCAUCCGCCGAUUCCCUUCCCUACAGUUUCUCACACCUCUUCUUUUCCCGCUCUCUCAUUUCCCCCCUCUCCUUUUUUCCUGCACCGUGCAGUCAGUUGUCGUAUAUUUUGCACUGUGCGACCAGUGCCGGGCGGGGAAUUUUGGUCUGGGGCCGGGGGUCGAAAAAUUUUUUCCAAAAAUCCACAGGGGGAGACCACGUUCAACUUUUUUCGAAUCCCUUCAACGCCCGGCCCUGUGUGCGACAGUUCAUUUCAAUCUCCUUUUUUGCCGCAUAUUUUGCACUGUGCAAAAGUUUGUGUCAACCUUCUUUUUGGACACAAAAUUCGCCGAUCAAAAACCCGCAAUUUCUUCCGAAAAUCCCUCUCGCCUUUCCAUUCUUUUCCGCUCUCUCAGUUCCCCCCCCCUCUCUUUUUUCUGCACCGUGCAGUCAAUUGUCGCAGGUUUUGCACUGUGCGACAGUUCGUUUCAAUCUCCUUUUCGGGCCCAAAAUUCGCCGAUCAAAAGCCCCGAAUUUUUAGCGAAAGUCCCUCUCGUUUUUCUUUUCUUUUCCCGCUCUCUUGUUUUCUCCUCUCACUCCUUUUUUGCGACGUGCAGCCGGUUGUCGCGAGAAUUGCACCGUGCGACAACUGGCAAUCCCCUUUCUUGCAAAAAAUCCUUCGAUUUCGGAGGCUGAUUUUUUGGCAAAAAUCGGUCCCUUGUUUUCCUUUCUUUUCCCGCUCUCUCGCUUUUCUAUGGUCUCUCGUUUUCUGCACUGUGCGGGUUGUUGUUGAUUGUUUCGCACCGUGCAAAGGGUUUUUAAUGGCUUUGCACGGUGCAAAUGUUAUUUUGUUUAUUAUUUUCAGCGAAAAAAGUUUAAAAUCCAUAAUUAUGAUAAUCUUUUUGGUAUAAUAUACAAAAAAACGUCGUUCAUCAAAAAUUUUAUUUUAUGUCAACAUAAAUAAAAAUUGUCAAAACCACAAAAUAUGGAAAAAGCAAAUUACAAUAAAAAAUUUUAAAUUCUUGCACUUAAAAAUUAAGAAAAUGAGAACCAUCACAAAUAAAAAAAUAAUCUUCCAUAUUUUACCAUAAUUUUUUAAAAUUUCAGAGCCAGUAACCGGCAACCUUCAAUUUUGUGGUUUCGUUUUGACAUUAUUAUCUUAUGUUGUAAUUUUUGUAACCCUGCCGAUCAGCGCCUUUUUUUGCAUUAAAAUUGUCCAAGAAUAUGAACGUGCCGUGAUAUUUCGAUUAGGACGACUGCUCCCCGGCGGAGCUCGAGGUCCUGGUAAGUCCCAAUUUUCUUCACAAUAUUAUGUUUUGAUGUUUUCAUUGUUUUAUUGCUAAAUAAUAUUAUUUUAGGUUUGUUUUUGGUUAACCCUUGUAUUGAUUCGUAUAGAAAAGUGGACCUCAGAACCCUUUCGUUUGACGUACCGCCUCAAGAAGUAAGUUAUUCACAUAAAACUAAUACAAAAAAUAGAAAGUUUAAAGGAUAAAACUAACCCAAAACCAAUAUUCGCUCCUUUCAGAUCCUAUCAAAAGACUCUGUGACAGUAGCCGUUGAAGUUGUUGUAUACUUUCGAAUAUCAAAUGCCACAAUCUCAGUAACAAAUGUCGAAGACUCGAGUCGAUCAACGAAACUACUAGCACAAACAACAAUGAGAAAUAUCUUGGGUACCAAAACAUUAGCUCAAAUGUUAUCCGAUAGAGAAAUCAUCUCAUUACAAAUCCAAGAAACCCUAGACGAAGCCACUUAUCCAUGGGGAGUUAAGGUAGAAAGAGUUGAAAUCAAAGAUGUUAGACUGCCUGUUCAACUACAAAGAGCUAUGGCCGCGGAGGCCGAAGCUACUCGAGAAGCCAGAGCCAAGGUAUGACUGAUAACAUGACAUAGACAGUUAGAUAACAAUAAGGUCAAAUCCUAUUUGAAUAAAAUUAAGAUUAAGGCGUAAAAUAAAGUACAGCAAGGUCUAAGCAAUAUUAGUAUCCCUAUCCUUUCUAAGCAUCAAAAUAACUGAAUAACCUAAAAUAAAAUGUAAAAAUCAAAAUUUCAGGUGAUUGCCGCGGAAGGAGAACAACUGGCUUCAAAAGCAUUGAGUGAAGCUGCUUCGGUCAUUUCUCAAUCACCUUCAGCUAUUCACUUAGCCUUCCUACAAACCCUAAACGGCAUCUCAGCGGAGAAGAAUCAAACAAUCGUACUGCCAAUACCCAUCGAACUUAUCAAAGCCUUGAAGAAGUGGCAAAGGUAAAAACAAAAAAUUUAUAUUAUCCAUGACACUGAUCAUGUUUAAAUCUCAAAAAAGUCAAAAGUCGUGAACAAUACAAUCAUUAUAUUACCUAUUAUAACUUAAAUUAAUCUUAUCUAUUAUAAGUUGACUUUCCAGCUUCGUUGAAGCUUAAUUUUUCAAAAGAUACAAGUUUAGGUAACAAAUAUAUUUUUUCAGAGGAAAAUCCACGCAAAAGAUUGCAUAA